CAAGAAAUGAAAGUGGAAGUAACUUAACUGGGGAGAGGUUGGAGAUCCUCCAGCUUGUGUUUCUGAAGAGGGCUGAAACCCAGGGAUCAAUCCUCCAUAGCUCACCCCCCUUUCCUUCCUUCCCCUCCUCGAAUCCUCAUCUCCAGGUGGCACCCUGAGUCUUCGUGUUACCCCUAAGCAGAUAAGAGAAGAACCUCAUGGACCAGACAGAUAAUAAGGAUCAACUGACCCAUGAGGAUGCUUUGGGAGCAGACACGCACAGACCUGAGGAGGAUGCAUGGUGGAGAUUGAAGCUUCAGGAGCUCUGCCGUCUGAAGGAAGAACAGAAGAGGUUGAAACUGAGAAAGGAGGAAUUACAGCAAUUCCGGACAAGAAUCUUCCAAAAGGAGGAGGUCCCCUUCCCAGUGCCUCAGGCGGCUAUGGUGUUUCGAGGACGCAAAAAGGAGAAAAAGGAAGUGCCCGAGACCCUGAUUUCCAACCUCCGGAUCCAUUACCCGCUGCCUGGGAGUUCAGCCUUGGUCAGCUUCGAGGACGCUGGAGUGGCAAACGGCCUGCUGCGGCAGCGGGAGCACCGCGUCCCUCUGGAGAAGUGCCGGCUCCCCGUCCGCCUCCAGCCUGUGGAGCUGCCCGUGCCCACGGCCAUCAAGGUCCUGACCUGGCUGUGCAGAGAGAAGGUCCUCAUCAUCGGGCUGCCCCCCGCCCUCCAGCUGGGCGAGGAGCAGCUGCUGGACAAGCUGGAGCUGUUCUUCAGCAAGCCCUCCAAUGGCGGCGGGGAGGUGAAGACGCGGGAGCUGCUGCCCGGGGCGGCUGUUCUCAGCUUCGCUGAUGACCCAGUGGCUCAGCGCCUGACCAGUAUAUGUCACUUCUCGGUGCCCCUGGGCCCGCACUUGGUUCCCUUGAGAGUCUUUCCUUAUGUCAAUGGGAAGAUCCAGGAGAUAGAGAUAAAAUGCUGCCCAGCCCCCCACUCAGUGCUGGUGCGCGACAUCCCAGACAUCCUCGAUGCCGAAGAACUGCUGGAUGUCCUCGAAAUCCAUUUCCAGAAGCCAAGCCAAGGUGGAGGCGAAGUGGAAGCUUUGGUCUGCGUUGCCCCAGGGACACAGAAGUUGGCCCUUUUCACCCCAGUGUCUGGUUAGCGACUACAGUCCUCCCUGGGCUGCUGCUUCUCAGUCCCCAUUCUGUAUCUCCUUUAAGGGGAGGGGAGACGUCCUCAUACCCUCCUCUUCAGAAAUUAAACCUCUAUUGACAUCA